GGGACGCCUCAUUCCCUUUCUCUCCACCUGCCACAGUGAUUCGCCCACAGACCGUCGCUCGCCCGCCUCGGGCCAUGGCCCUGUAGCUGCGUCCCGCCGCCCCUGCCGCGCUCCGGCGCCUCCCGCUCGGCCUCUCGGCUCCCCCCGCUUCUGCCGCCUCCUUCACCACGGGGCCUUCGCCCUCCGUUGCAGCCAUGGAGCUCUCCGCCUCUGCCACCCUCCCGCUGAGCAGCUUUCACCCUCAUCGGAGCCUCCUCCAGCUGGGCCUUGUCUCAGCCUCCACGUGCUCGCCCCGUCUUCGAAGCCCAGGCCCCCGCAGUCCUGACCGCCAUGUCUCUCCUGGCGGCCCUGGGGCUGGAGCUGGACAGGGCCCUGCUCCCAGCUAGCGGGCUGGGCUGGCGGGUGGACUACGGGAAGCUCCCCCUGGCCCCUGCCCCCCUGGGUCCCUAUGAGGCCCUGGGAGGGGCUCUGGAGGGGGGGGUUCCCGGGGGGAGCGAACCCCUGGCAGGUGACGGCUUCUCCGACUGGAUGACAGAGCGGGUGGACUUUACUGCCUUGCUCCCCCUGGAGCCCCCUGCAGCCCCCGGUGCCCUCCCGCCACCAUCUCCAUCUCCUUCCCCUCCAGACCUUGAGGCCAUGGCCUCCCUGCUGAAGAAGGAGCUGGAGCAGAUGGAGGACUUCUUCUUGGAUGCCCCUCUCCCACCCCCCUCCCCUGUUCCUGUACCCCUUCCUCUGCCCCCUUUUGACCUCCCCCAAGCCCCUCUGGAUACCCUUGAUCUAUUGACCUUCUACUGUGGUGGGGAGCCCGGGCGGGGUGAGGGGGAAGGCGGGGAGGUCUUUCGAGCACCUCUGCCCACCCCACCGCCCCCUCGGCCAGCCCCUUACCCAGUGCCCCCCUCGAGGGGGGACCGAAAACAGAAAAAGCGUGACCAGAACAAGUCGGCUGCACUCAGGUACCGCCAAAGGAAACGGGCAGAGGGGGAGGCCUUGGAGGGCGAGUGCCAGGGUCUGGAGGCUCGCAACCGGGAGCUGCGGGAGCGGGCAGAGUCGGUGGAGCGCGAGAUCCAGUACGUGAAGGACCUGCUCAUCGAGGUGUACAAGGCGCGAAGCCAGAGGCUGAGGAGCACUUAGGGGCCGCCCUGCUCUCGGGGCUUCCUCUCUCCUGGAGGGCCAGGGCCAGCCUUUGUAAGCCAGUGCCUAUUUCUUUAAAUAUACCUUGGUUAAGGUCUCGGGCCCUGACCUCAGGAAAGAAGUCAAGGGGGAAGCUUCCCCUCCAAACCUGGGGCUCUUAUUUGAAGAUUGGGCCGCUGGGGGGUGGUGGUGGGUUUUGGCGGGAAACUUGAGGGGGGACCUGAACCUAAGGCUUUGUAACUAAUAAAUGAGUAGACUGUCCUGG